AUGGGGGCAGAGGCUGCCCCAGUCCUGAGACAGAGAUUCUUACCUGAGAAAGUUCAGGUGCCAGAGGAGAAGAAUGAAGUCCUCAUUACUCGUCCAUUCUGGUCCAACAAGGCUGAGUACCUCCUGGUCCAGAUGGGCUAUACCAUGAGGCCUGCCAGUCUCUGGAGUUUUUGCUACCUGUGGCUUCACAGUGGAGGUGGCAUUUUUCUCAUCAUCUACAUCUUCUUGCUGUUCUUGAUUGGGGUUCCUCUCCUCUUCCUGGAGAUGGCAGCUGGUCAGAGGAUGCGUCAGGGCAACAUUGGUGUGUGGAAGGUCAUCAGCCCCUGGAUUGGUGGUAUAGGGUAUACAAGCUUAAUGGUGUGCUUCAUCAAUGCCUUGUUCGUGAAUGUGAUCAUUGCCUGGAUCCUGUUCUACUUGAGUCAGUCCUUCCAGUAUCCCGUUCCAUGGGAGAAAUGUCCCUUACUGGAGAACGCCAGUGGCUUUGAUCCUGAAUGUGCACGGACGACACCCUCCCUGUACUUCUGGUACCGGAUGACUCUGAAGGCCUCAGACAGGAUUGAGGAUAACGGGCCACCAGUGUUCAGUCUGUGCCUGCCUUUAUUCAUGUCCGUGUGUCUUCUUGGUACUUUCAUGCUUAAUGGCCUCAAGUGGACUGGGAAGGUAAUGUGUGUCUUGGUAUCAACCAGCGGUCUCAUAAUGCUCUGUUUUGUCCUGCGGAGUAUAAUGCUAGAAGGGGCAGUAUUUGGCCUUCACCAUAUGACAGUUGUCAAGAUAUCAGCUAUGUACAACGUGAACGUAUGGCGCGGAGCAGGGAACCAAGUCUUGUGUUCCUUGGGCCUCGGCUUUGGCUCCAUUGUCUCCAUAGCCUCGCAUAUUCAGUCAUCCAGCAGCUGUCUCAGUGAUGCCGUGACUGUGGCUCUGGCUAACCUGAUCUCCAUGUUGCUUGUCACGCCUUUUAUCUUCUCUAUCUUGGGCUUCUGGGCCACACAGCUCACGCACCACUGCAAUGAGAAGAAUACUGAAACACUUUUGAAGCUGGUAAACAUGGGGAUACUGCCUCCUGAGGCCCAGCCACCUCAAAAUCUUAUUGGUAACCCAACCUCUAUCUUCACCUCCUGGUUCAACAGCCUCUCCAACCCCAUCAAGAAGGAGGUCCUCAGCCAUGUGGCUGAGUGCAACUUAGAGGAGCAGUUUUUGAAGAUUAAGGGGAGCACAAACUUUGCUUUCCUGGCCUUCGUUGAAGCCAUGUCUUUUAUUCCUGGGUCUGUCUUCUGGUCCUUCCUGUUCUUCGUAAUGUUGCUGAACCUGGAGAUGUCCACCAUGAUAGGGAUCGUGGAGAGCAUCAUUACCUCUCUCCAGGACAUCUUUAUUUCUGUCCAGAAAUAUACAAAGCUGUUUACAGUGGUUGUCUUAAUGCUCAUGUUCCUGUGUGGCCUCUUCUUCAUUCGACCGUCAGGCAGCUACUACAUCAGACUGCUAUCUGACUACUGGACAAUCCUCCCUAUAAUCAUCGUCAUCAUAUUGGAAAACUUGGCUGUGAAAUGGUCCAGAGAGGCCAACAGUUUCUUUGCAGACACGGCUAACCUGUGGGGCCGUCCUAUGUACUCCAUCAUUUGUUGGCUGUGGUCCUGUCUAAUUCCAGUUGUGCUGCUAACCCUGUCUGCGACCACUGUAUUUCAACUAUCUCUGAAGAAUGUCACGUAUCUGGCCUGGGACUCAAGCACUUCAAAAGAAAUGGUUCGACAAUACCCAUCAUGGGGGCUAUUCAUAUUGUUCAGCUUUUUACUCAUUGUCAUCCUUCCCAUCCCUAUAUACUUUGUAUAUUGCUUCACUCAUGGGAUUCCUUUCAACUCCACCAGCUGGGACAAGCCUAUGAUAUCCUCCAAGUCCUUACCCCUAAGUUUCCAACUGACACCCAUUAAAGAGGUUGAAAACGAAGAAAUCCUCCAAGGUGAUAGUGAAAUUGCUGAUCAACCUGUGGUGUGA